AUGCCAAGCAAGAACUGUACUCACAAUUUGCACGCUUGCGAAUGGGAACGUGAUGUGAGUUUUGGAAUAUUAGGGGGAAAAUUGAUAUGAGCAAUUUUUUCAUGUUUAUUUUCGAACUCUAAUUCGAUUUUUUUGUGAGAAGAUUUGUUAAUGAUUGAUACAUAUUUUCAACAAUUGUAUUGAAGCUAUUAAAAGCUUUUUAUUAGACUAAUAUAAUUGAAAAAAUUCAAAACUUUGUUUCGACUUUGAGUAAAUAUUUUUGUAGUGGUCCUUCACAGAGGACCUUGAGAAAACGAUUCCUUGUUUAGCACCGGAGUGUCAAAAAUUGUUGCAAAUAUUUUGAUGCACGUUGAUCGGAAGGUGAUGUAAGUUAAGCGACUGUUUAGCAUCUACGCCCUUGGCUUCCAACUAUGACGUCAUUUUUUCCGAGAUUUUCUCCGACAUUUUUGAUUUGAAAUAUUUCUCGUUAACUUGGCAGCUUUGUUGACAGAGUUGCAAAGUCUUAUCGAUUUCUAUACACUUUUACAAAAAUUUUCAAUAACAAGUUCUUAAAACUCCAAAAAAUUGUUUUCAAAAAUCUUUCAAAAAUAUAUUUUUUGUAGUUCAAAACUAUUAAAUAAACAUAUAAAAAUUGCUCUGAGAAAGUAAACAAAUUUUUGUUUGCAGAAAAAAAAACUAAAAUAAUUAAGAAAAAAAUCUCUGAUUUUGUUUUUUUCAGAUUCUCAUCGCGUUCGUCGUUCUUUUUGCAAUGUUAAACUUGUUUCAACUCGGCUGGAAAUACCGCACCACAAUUUUCCGCAACAUUCGUCGAGCUGCUGACAAUAUUCCAAAUGAAAACGUCGCCGAUCACGAAAGACUCUAUAAUGCAGCAGACUGA